AAUUAUAUAAAUGACAACAGUUAAGUCCAAAUUGACGACGGCGGCGAAAUGGAAAUCGUACAUUUGCUGCGGCGGCGGCAAAUUAGACGACGAUUUCUACAAAGAAACCGAAAAACCGGUUAAGAAAACAGUGACAAAACAAAGAUCUUUUCAAAGAAUGAUGGAUUUGAGCGGUUCAACUAUUUCAGAAGAUCUUUCAAUGUCUUUGGUCGGAACUAAUCUACAUGCGUUCACGGUUGCGGAAUUGAAAGUAAUAACUCAGAGUUUCUCGACCAGUAAUUUCAUCGGAGAAGGUGGGUUUGGUCCGGUUUAUAAAGGGUUUAUUGAUGAUAGACUUAGACCUGGUUUGAAUGCUCAACCGGUUGCUGUUAAGUUUUUGGAUUUAGAAGGUCUUCAAGGUCAUAAAGAGUGGCUGACAGAAGUGAUCUAUCUUGGACAAUUGAGACAUCCCCAUCUAGUGAAAUUGAUUGGUUAUAGUUGUGAAGAUGAACAAAGAUUGCUUGUUUAUGAAUAUAUGCCUCGAGGAAGCUUGGAAAAUCAACUCUUUCGAAGGUAUUCGGUUUCACUUCCAUGGUCAACAAGGAUGAAAAUUGCUCUUGGUGCUGCCAAGGGACUUGCAUUUUUACAUGAUGCUGAGAAGCCAGUUAUCUAUCGAGAUUUCAAAGCUGCAAACAUUUUGCUUGAUUCGGAUUAUACGGCAAAACUAUCUGACUUUGGGCUAGCGAAAGAUGGUCCGGAGGGGGAUGAUACGCAUGUCUCGACACGAGUCAUGGGCACGCAAGGCUAUGCAGCUCCGGAAUACAUCAUGACCGGUCAUUUGACUGCGGCUAGCGAUGUAUAUAGUUUUGGAGUUGUACUUUUGGAGUUGUUAUCUGGGAAAAGACAGGUUGACAAGAGUAGACCUAAUAGGGAACAAAAUUUGGCGGAAUGGGCAAGGCCAAUGUUGAAGGAUGCUCGGAGGUUAAGGAGGGUAAUGGAUCCGAAACUCGAAGGCCAAUAUUCAGAGUCGGGGGCCAUAAAGGCGGCUGCAUUAGCUUACGAUUGUCUAAGCCAUCGACCUAAAAAUAGGCCAACCAUGAGCCACAUUGUCAAGAUUCUUGAGCCACUUAAGGACUUUAAUGACCUAACCGUGGGUACAACAUUUGUAUUCACCGUGUCUCCUCAAAGCGAUGUGCGCAAAGAAAUGAACUCCGGGGAGAAAAAGGAGUUUGCAAAGAAAGAUAAUCAAAAUCGUGGUCAAGAUAGCCAUCAGAAUAGGGAACAUCGUCGCCAAAACAUGAAUGAUGGGAAUCAUAAGAGUCGAACGAAGUCUUCGAAGCCACAUAUCGUGUACUCGGAGACCGCCAUUGAACGAAAUUUGAAUGGAAUAAGCUCUCCAAGGCACCACAGGAUAUGAGUAGUUGAACUAGAGAUAUUUUCAUGUUUAUGUGAAAAA